GACAGCUAUAAUACUAAUGCUGUAGUAAAAAACCAUUUGUGAAAAUCCUUUAACAUUCUCUACAGAAACAUGACGGAGUCUCAAGAAGUAGUCGACAAUCCCUUAGACAUAGAUGGAAGCAAUUUCAAUGCAGAUUCAUAUUUAGAAUAUGUAAUGAAACGGGCCACCCUCAGGCAGAUCAUGGACAAGGAAGCAGAAGUUGUCACCCAGAGCCAGUUCCUACAGUCCGAAAUGCAGACUCUGGUCUACGAGAACUAUAACAAAUUUAUAUCUGCCACCGAAACUGUACGAAAAAUGCGUUCAGAUUUCAGAAUAAUGCAAGAUGAAAUGAAUAAACUUAGUGAGAAUAUUAAUAAAAUAACUUCAUUUAGUGCACAGAUAUCUGAGUCAUUAAAAGAGAGUGGUAAUAAUGUAAGUAGAUUAUGUUCCACUAGACAGUUGUUGGAUAAACUGCAAUUUUUAUUCCUACUGCCUACUCAGUUGAAUAAAGCUAUAACAGAAAGCAGAUAUGCUGAUGCGGUACAUGAUUAUACACACGCCCAGAGAGUGCUACAAAAGUAUGGUAACCAGCCCUCAUUCCAAAGUAUUCAAACAGAAUGUUCAGAAAUCAUUUAUGAGUUGAAGAAAACUUUGAGAGACAGAUUGCUCAGUCCAGAAACCUCUGCAUCUGAGUUAGCUGAGAGUGUUGGUCUGCUGAGACAACUGCAAGAAACUGAUUCAUCUUUAAAAGAUAUUUUCUUAAGUUGUGCUGAGAGUAGGUUGGAUAAACAUCUGCAGACACUGAAUGGGAUGGUUGAGAGCACAGACAUCUUAGAAUGGGUAGAAAAAUGCAAUAAUACACUACUUGCUGAUCUGGGGAUCAUAAUAUCUUGCUAUCAUGAAAUGUUUCAGGAUAAUGAGGAUACAAAUGUACCGGAAGUGGCUGACAAAAUCAUGUUACAGGUCUUCCACUUAUUUGAGGAAGUUGUGAAACGUCCAGAUAAUAUUGGUACUGAAAUCUUGAUAAGAGGAUUAGACAAAUUUUUCAGGAAAUUACAAGCUAUGACUGAGAUAAUUUCAAGUGACACAAUGUCCAAUAAGGCCAUUGAUAUUGUAAUACAAUGCAUCAAUCACAAAGCUACAAUCCAACAUCAGUCCAUUCAAAGUCAAUUUAAAGAGAAUUUGAUGAAAGUAAGACUGUCUCUAGCCAGCAAAAGUACAGAACACACUGAUCUCAAAGAUAUUCUGAAUUCCUUACAAAUCUAUCUUAUGCAGAAAGUUCAGGCAUCACUUUUAGAUUUGAUGGCAUUUUUGCAAAAUAAUCUUUCAUUUGGACUCAAAUCAUGGUGUGCUAAAGCAGUUGCUGAUGCAUGUUGGAAUAUAAUCUCAGAGACAAUAGCAAAUCUUUCCGAAAUGGUAAAAAGUAUGGCCUGUUUGCAGACAUCAAACAACAAUAUACCAUUUGAACUAUUACUAAUUCUUGCUAAGCUAUGCUUGGAGAUGCAAGAUAAUGGAGUCACCACACUGCAUAGCCACCUGCUAAAACUCCUAGAAGAGGCUGCUCCUGGUUUAACUAUUGAAAAUAGAGACACAAAUAGUAUAAUGGUUCAUUUGUCUACAGCUGCACAAUCUGCUUUAGAUUCUGAAGUAGUAUUUAUUGGUCAGACAGCGGCACAGAUGUUAAGAGUGUCAGUGCUGGCAAGAGACUGGCUACGGGCACCUGAACCAAGAGGACCAAGGGCAGUGUGUCGCAGAGUUGUAGAGACUUUAGCAAGUGCAGACAGUGCUGCUUCUCAACUUUUCCCAACUAGCAUGAAGCCAUCAAGUGAUUCUAGUAGACGCACUAUUUGGUCCAGAGCACCAUCAUCUUUCUCACCUAUAAAUAGAAUUUUCUCUGAAAGAAUUGAAGUCUUUAGUCCUGCAGGGGCAGAUAGGGCAGCUCUAUCUAAUGGUGCACUAAAAGUAGCUUUGAAAGCAUUAGUAGAGUGUGUUAGAGUUCGAACAUUUGGAAGACAUGGCUUGCAACAGUUGCAAGUGGAUGUCCAUUUUCUGCAACAAAGACUGUCCUGUAUGGGGAAUGAUGAGAGACUGUUGAAUGCUUUGUUAGAAGAUGCCUUAGCAUCAGCACAACUGAGAUGUGUUGAUCCCCAGUUGAUGGAACCAAGCAUAGUAGAUAUUAUUUGUGAAAGGGGUUAAAUAAAUAAAAGCCUCAUUAAUUAUAUUUUUUGUGAACAAUUUUAAGUAAUUUAUAACAGUCUGAUGUUUAAAUCCACCCACAAAACAAUCAGUUGUAUUCAUGAGUAUGGUUGAUUGUAUCAGUCUGGGUGUUUUUUAUGUAUAUUAUGUUUUUACUAUAUUUUAAGAAGAAAUGUAUUGCACAAGCCCAACACUGUAUCGUCUAGUCCCAAGCUAUGCAGAUCUGCUUAGCCUGGAAUUAGGUGGCACUGCAUGACUUGUGAUUGCCUAUUAUUAUUACUUAUGUAAAUAAUUACUUCUGUAAAUAUAAACAAAAUAU